GGUGUGGUGGUAGAGAUGUGCUCGGCGUGGGGACUCUGGGGCCGGCGGACGCGGGCCCUGCUAUGCUGCGUCCUGCUGUUGGCAUGGGAAGCGGCACGGGGGCAGCUGCGGUACUCGGUGCCGGAGGAGAUGCCCAAGGGCUCUUUCGUGGGAGAUGUGGCCAAGGACCUGGGGCUGCAGAUGACGACGUUCAGUGACAGCGGCAUUCACCUUGUCUCGGAAGGUAGGACGCAGUAUUUCUCUCUGCACGGAAAGACGGGACAUUUGGUGACGGCAGAGAGGAUAGACAGAGAGCAGCUGUGCCGGCUGCUGGAGAAAUGUGUGCUGCGGCGUGAGCUGAUAGUGGAAGGGGAAAUGAAGAUUUAUGAGAUCGAAGUGGAGAUCACGGACAUUAACGACCACUCUCCUAGCUUUCGAGAGACAGAAAAAGAACUGAGAGUGAGCGAGAGGAUAGCUCCUGGUUCACGACUUCCUCUGCCUGAGGCUCACGAUCCGGACGCAGGAUUAAAUUCCCUCCUGAGCUAUGAGCUGAGCGGUGACGAACACUUCUCCCUGGCAGUGCAAGAGAGCCCCGGCAGCGAUCGGCGUCCCGAGCUGGUGCUCGCCAAGGCACUGGACCGGGAGGAGGAGGCAUUUCACGAGCUGGUGCUGAAGGCGAGGGACGGCGGAGAGCCGUCACGGACGGGCACGGUGCGGAUCCGCGUGGUUGUGCUGGACGCAAACGACAACGCGCCCGUGUUUAGCCCAGCAGAGUACACGGUGCGUGUGCCUGAGGAUGUGCCCGUGGGCUCCGCCCUUGUCACCGUCACGGCCACCGACCCUGACGAAGGGCUGAAUGGCCAUGUGAGAUACGUUUUUAAUAAAAUCUCAGACCGAGCGUCAGAGCUUUUCCAGCUUGACCCUGAGACAGGAGAAAUAAUUCUUAAGGAAAAAUUAGACUUUGAGGAGAUCUCCUCACAUGAAUUAGAGGUGCAGGCAUAUGAUGGGGAAGAACUUUUCGACAAGGCACAGAUCACAAUAACCGUGACAGAUGUCAAUGACAACGUGCCCGAGAUUUCAGUUAGGUCGACGCUCAGCGAGAUCUCUGAGGACGCCCCGUCAGGAACGGUGGUGGCCCUGCUGCACGUGCAGGACCGGGACUCAGGAGCCAACGGCCAGGUGCGGUGCUCCCUGGACGCGGGAGUCCCGUUCCGACUGCAGAGCUCUCGCGGCAACUACUACAGCGUGGUGACGACGAGGGAGCUGGACCGGGAGGAGGUGUCGGAGUACAACGUGACAGUAAGGGCGGCCGAUGGCGGGUCGCCGUCGCUGUGGAGCAGCACGGUGCUGAACCUUAGGGUGCUAGACGUGAACGACAACGCGCCGGUGUUCAGCGAGGCGAGCUACAGCGCCCGGCUGCCCGAGAACAACGCGGCGGGCGCGCUGGUGCUGACGGUGCGGGCGCGGGACGCGGACUGGGGUCAGAACGCGCGCGUGCGGUACCGUCUGGGCGAGGGGCGGGUGCGUGGCGCGGCGCUGUCGUCGUACGUGUCGGUGCAGGCGGAGACGGGCGCGCUGUACGCGCUGCGCUCCUUCGACUACGAGGAGGUGCGCGAGGUGGGGCUGUGGGUGCUGGCGGAGGACGGCGGCUCGCCGGCGCUGAGCAGCAACGUGUCGGUGCGGAUCGUGAUCGUGGACGAGAACGACAACGCCCCGCAGGUGCUGUACCCGCCACCGGCGGCGGGCGUGCCCGGGUCCGGUGUCCGUGGCUGGUCGGGGGUGGAGCUGGCGCCGCGGUCGUCGGAGCCCGGGGCGCUGGUGGCCAAGGUGGUGGCGGUGGACGCGGACGCGGGGCAGAACGCGUGGCUGUCGUACGAGCUGGCCAAGGCGACGGAGCCGGGGCUGUUCCGCGUCGGGCUGCACAGCGGCGAGGUGCGCACUGCGCGCUUCCCGCUGGCCCGCGACGCUGCCCGGCAGAGCCUGGUGGUGCUGGUGAAGGACCACGGCCGGCCGGCGCUGUCGGCCACGGCCACGCUGACCGUGGUGCUGGCCGAGAGCGUGGCCGAGCUGCUGGCCGAGCUGGGCAGUGAGGCUGCGGCGGCGGUGCCGGGCGAGGCGGCGGGCAGCCUGACGCGCUGGCUGGUGCUGGCCGUGGCGGCCGUCUCCUGCCUCUUCCUCGCCUUCCUGCUGCUGCUGCUGGCACUGCGCCUGCGGCGGUGGCGCCGCUCGCAGCUGCCUCCUCCUGCGGGCGGUGCCUUGCGCGGCGUGCCGGCCACGCACUUCGUGGGCAUCGACGGCGUCCGCGCCUUCCUGAGCUCCUACUCACACGAGGUUUCGCUCACUGCCGACUCACGCAAGAGCCAGCUCCGCUUGUCGCCCGGCAGCUGCUGCGACACCCUCCCUGCCCGCCCGCUGCCCGACGAGCCCGCACCGCUGCUCGGUGAGGAUCCUGCCGGUGCACCGCCGCAGGAUGUCAACAAUGCUCCGGGUUAA